AUGCAUUUUCGACGCCGCAAGGUUUGGUUCAAAACUUGCAGUGUGCAGGAACACAUUGAAACAUGCACCAUGUUUUGGGUCCCGUGUCUUGUGCCAUUCGAUUCAUCAGAGUGGAAAUGUUUUUGUUCAACACAAAAUCAGACUGGUUGCAAUGCAUUGCCGCUCCGCCGUGGCUUGAUGAGUACUGUGCCAGCGUUGGUGUUGCCUUCAGUGGGUUUUGUGCUACAUGAUGGAGGGCGUAUUGCAGAGGUGUGCAACGGCGCAGUGGCCAGCGGAAAGGUGGCUUUCAAUGCGCGUGGAGCAGGAGCUGCACCCGCCCUGCCACCGCCGCGACCAGGUCGUUUGUCCAUGGCCGGCAAUGCAGCCGUUAGCCGCGCUUCCAAGUCUCGAGUAAGAGGUGAGCAAAUCCUUGGGAUACCUCACAGUGUCCCGCUGCGGACUGUGGGCAACGAACCCACGGACACAGCAAAUGGGCAACAGGCUGGUCAAGCCAACGAGGAGGACCAGAUUGACGCCUGCUUGAAGAUGGCUGCCGAGGGCGAGGGCAUUCGAAUGACAAUGGCCUUUCAAAGAAUGUCGCACUACUUUGCGGAGCUGAAACCGGGAUCCCUCGUCCUGGAGGUGGGCUCCAGAGCCGGUGACAUGACCCUGAUGUUUGCGGAGCGCUUUCCGGAUCUGUACAUUUUGCCCACCGAAGGCACCGGUGAAGCAUCGCCUAGCCUCUUCAUGCUGCUGCAGGA